CUUUUCCGCGAGUACGGCAGCACCUCCUCCAUCGACGUGCAGGGCAUCUCGGAGCAGAGCUUCUUCGACAUGCUCAACGAAUUUCGGACCAAGAAACCGGAUCGGCGAGCCGCGACGCCCGAGCGCCUCGGGGAAGCCGGUUUUCCUCCGGCAUCGUAUCCCGGCAUCAAGGCGGAGGGUAGGAACGGGCCCCGGGACGAGCUGUCGGCGCAAUCCAAGGAGAAACCCCGCAGGAGGUGUCCCAAAGGCGACGCCGGAGGCGAAUCCAUCUUCAAGAAGCUUCGGAGCGGCCGAAACGAGGGGGAGGCGGAGGAGCCGCGGGCGCCCGAGCCGGGCAAGGCCUGGGUGUGCCAGAAAAGCUUCGCCCACUACGACGUGCAGAGCAUGCUCUUCGACCUCAACGCCGUGGCCGUCAACCGGGCCGUGGUAGCCCAACGACGGAACACCACCACGGGGGCUUCGGCGGCUUCCGCC